CAGAGCAUAACUUUCAAGUGCUCAAAUUUUUAUCCAAUUUUUAAUGUAAAAUACACCUCAAAAAUCGUACUUUUAAAUUUAAAUUGAUUGAUAAAAAUUAUAUGUCCAUACUCGUUUAAUUCUCUAUCUCCAAUAAUGUUCAUUCACCCUCAAUUGCUCUCCACACUUAUUUUCUACCUCUUUAUUACAACUCUUGCAAAUUCCAUUACAACCCCAUAUGAACCAACCGACCACAUUUUCAUCAACUUUGGCCAACCUACCUAUAACGACGGUGGUACAUGGCAGAGCGAUCUAGAUUUCAUCCUAAAUACGCAAUCUGCCACCAGUAAAUGCACUGCAAAAGCACUGGAGGCGGCUUCAACUCCUUAUCACAUGGCCCGAAUAUUUCAGGCCACGACAACAUAUUCCAUACCUGUUGCUACGUGGGGCCCAAAACUAGUCCGCCUCUACUUUCCACCCCUAUUCAUAUCCUACGACAUCAUAGACACCAAAUCAUCUUUUCUUUCGCUCACAAUCAAUGGGUUUAAUAUUUUGCGCAACUUUAGCGCGUACGCUGUUAUGGCCCACGCUAAUGCGCACACCAACACCACCGCGCCGGUAACAGACGGUCUUGUAAGAGAGAUUCACAUCUCUUUAGACGAAGGAGAGGGGCAAAGGGCUAUAAACCUAACUUUCUCACCAAGUAACCCGGAUGGGUUCGGGUUCAUAAACGGGUUGGAGAUUAUAUCUGUUCCCGAUGGGUUGUACUUUAACCGUUCCGGAUCCAAUAUGGUUCCAUAUCUUACGGGUGGGUUUCAAGAUUAUUUGAAUAACCCGUUUAAUUUUUCGGAUUUAAUAGCUAUGGAAAAUAUUAUCCGGCUGAACGUUGGUGGGUCGAUCGUGGAUCUGAGUGAUUUUUCCGGACUUAGCCGGACUUGGUUCGGUAGAGACGAUGACUACAUGAUUACUGGUCUAAACGACACAUAUUCCUACAUCGCAACUGCAACCACAAACUUCAAUUAUACAGUUGCAACACCAUCGUAUACGGCGCCAGAGUUAGUGUACUUGACAUUGAGGGAGAUGGGACCAGAUGUUGGAGAAUUGAAGAAAAACCAAAAUUUGACAUGGUUGUUCGAGGUCGAUGUUGGAUUUAAUUAUCUUGUGAGGCUCCAUUUUUGCGAGUUAGUUUUCUCAAUCAACAACACUGGCCAAAGAGUUUUCGACGUUAGUAUCAACAAUCAAAUGGGUGCACGUGAUAUUGAUGUUUUUGCGGUAACUGGUGGCAUUAAAAUUCCAAUGUAUCGAGAUUUCGUUACGCUUUUUGAAGGUAGUGGUAGCAACAAAGCUAGUGUCGAAACCAGAGGUCUUCUUUCAGUGACACUUACUCCCGACCCUACCGCAACGUAUGGCGAUGUUAUGCUCAAUGGAUUGGAGAUUUUCAAGUUGAGUUCUUCAAAUGGUUCUCUUGCUGCACCAAAUCCUACUCUUGCUGCACCAAAUCCUACUCUCCCUUUACAAAGACGUGAACACGGUCUAACCAAAAUCAUGAUCAUCUUCAUCAUACUUGGAAUUGGAAUAGGCAUAUGUAUGUUAAUUGCACUAAUCCUCUUGUACAAAAAAAUGAACUCGCUGAUCGAGAAAAGUAAAGAAAUUGAAACAUUGUUGAAACAACAUGGUUCCCUCGGUCCAAAGAGGCAUACUUAUGCAGAUUUGAAGAGAAUUACAAACUCCUUCAAAAUCAAGCUAGGUGAAGGAGGUUACGGUAUUGUAUACAAAGGAAAACUAGAUUGUGGGGAUCAAGUGGCAGUGAAAAUUCUCAAGAGAUCAUCGAAUCGAGAUAUGGAUAUGGUGGAAUUCAUCAAUGAAGUUGCAAGUAUCGGAAACACCAAUCAUAAGAACAUUGUGAAACUCCUAGGCUUCUGUUACGAGGGUUCAAAACGCGCUCUUAUAUAUGACUACAUGCCUUGCGGAUCUCUUGAAAAGUUCACACAUGGGGGCAGAGACGAAAACAAUCAACAACUCUCAUGGAAAAGUUUAUUUGAAAUCGCGAUUGGGAUUGCAAGAGGGCUAGAGUACUUGCACCAAGGGUGCAACACGAGAAUAUUACACUUUGACAUUAAGCCCCAAAACAUUCUAUUAGACGAGAAUUAUUGCCCCAAGAUAUCUGAUUUUGGCCUGGCUAAGAUAUGCCCACAAAAGGACAGCAUAAUUUCGAUGUCAGAAGCCAGAGGAACUGCAGGGUACAUUGCUCCUGAGGUUUUCUUCAAGAGAUUUGGCGGAGUUUCUCAUAAAUCAGAUGUUUAUAGUUACGGAAUGUUGGUUUUAGAAAUGAUUGGGUGUCGAAAAAAUAUUGAUGCGAAAGUGGAACAUAGUAGUGAGCAGUAUUUUCCGCAUUGGAUUUACAAGCAACUCGAGGAAGUUGAAGAGAUCGAUCAAAUCGACACCACAAACAACAACGAGGGAUCAGUACUCAAAAGGAAGAUGGUUGUAGUGGGUUUAUGGUGCAUACAAACCAACCCCUUCACCCGACCAAAUAUGACUCGAGUUGUAGAAAUGCUCGAAGGAACACUCGACUUGCUGCAGAUUCCUCCGAUUCCAUCUCUUGCUUCUCCUUUGAGAUCACACGAAAUUUCUACCACUCUAGAUGAAAUCUCAUUAGGUGGACUUUUUUGUAUCCUCCAUUUCAUGUUCUAUUUCAUACUUGCUCUUGUAGCUUGGAGGAGAGUGGCUUUAUUACUGAGUGGGCUUUAUAUCAUGGCAAAAACUUGGGAGAGACCGCCUCAAUGUGAGGCGUUGAAACUUUUGUCUUGUUUUUCUAGAUAUGACGAUCUCUUGCUCAAUGGAUUGAAGAUUUUCAAGUUGAACUCUUCAAAUGGUUUUCUUGCCGCACCAAAUCCUAAUAUCCUUAUGAAUUUAACAUCUUUACAAGGUAAUAAUCGAUCGUCGAAUAGUUCUCAUCAUUUAAUACCGAUUAUCGGAGGAAUCCUUGGUGCUAUUCUAGUAGUCGCACUCAUAUCAUCAAUAUAUUUCAUAAUCAUUUUCCGAAGAAAAAAGGAGAAACAAAAAUUCAUGAAAACAAUGAGCAAAGAUGAUACUAGCAAGCUUAAGUGGAUUUCGCCGUUGGAUGAUUCUGGAUCUAAUGCAACUACCGCUAGUGUGAUUUCUUCUCUGUCGUCCGAUCUUUGUCGACGUUUUUCAUUUGCGCAAGUUAAAGUUGCUACAAACGAUUUCGACGACGAUUUGAUCAUAGGAACCGAUGGGUUCGGUAAAGUUUACAAGGGUUCAAUAGAUGAUGGAGCCACUAUUGUGGCCAUAAAACGUCUUACGACAACAUCGAAGCAAGGCGCUCGCGAGUUUGAAACAGAAAUCGAGAUGCUAUCGAGACUACGUCACGUACAUUUGGUGUCCUUAAUCGGAUAUUGUGACGAACACGGUGAAAUGAUCAUAGUUUACGAGUAUAUGCCACGUGGCACUCUUCGAGAUCACUUGUUGUACAAGAAUCCCGAGAGAAGCGAGAACCAUACACCAUUGUCGUGGAAGCAACGACUUAUGAUUUGUCUUGGAUCAGCUCGCGGUUUGCACUAUCUUCACGCGGGUGCUAAACAAUUGAUUAUUCAUCGAGAUGUCAAGUCUACGAAUAUUCUUCUUGAUGAUAAGUGGACGGCCAAAGUCUCAGACUUUGGCCUUUCAAAGGUAGGACCCACUCCUGAUGAAAUGGGUCCUACCCAUGUUAGUACCGCUGUCAAAGGAAGUGUUGGAUAUUUAGAUCCAGAGUACUAUCGACGUCAACAGUUGACAGAGAAAUCAGAUGUAUACUCCUUCGGAGUUUUGUUGUUCGAGGUUUUAUGUGCUCGAUUUGCGAUGAACCCUAAUCUACCCAAGCAACAAGUGAACUUAGCCGUGUGCGCUCGUUAUAACUACAAAAAUAAAACCCUCCACACAAUUGUCGAUCCAAAUCUAACAGGGCAAAUUGCACCCGAAUGUCUAAGAAAAUUUGGAGAAGUGGCAGAAAUGUGUAUACGAGAACAUGGAAGUGAUCGUCCUUCGAUGGGGGACGUAGUUUGGGGCAUUGAAUUUGCCUUACAACUACAAGAAACCGCGGAGAAAAUUAUGCAAAACAAUUUAAGUGAUGAUCCUCAAGGAGAAAUUUCAGAUUCUACGAUAAGUUUUAAACUUGAUGGGGCAAAUGCAUUAGGUUCAAUGUAUAUUGAUGAUGAAUCGACUACAUUAAAUGAUGAUUUUUCUGAUACUAAGAUGGUUGAUAUGGGCACAAAAAAGUUAUUGGAUAGUAGAACUACUACAUUUUAUACAUCGGAAUCACCCAUAAUUGAUAUGAAGUCUGGUUCAAUUUUUUCUGAGAUUAUCGACCCAAAAGCCAGAUGACUCGUACAAAUUAUU